CGGCUGUUGUUGGAGCGUGGUGCUGAGGUUGAUCGGGCGACAAAGGACGGUAUGACGCCGCUAUUCAUCGCCUGCCAGAACGGGCACGUCGACGCGGCGCGGCUGUUGUCAGAUAAAGGCGCGGAGGUCGACCGGGCGGACAAGAACGGGCAGACGCCGCUGUACAUCGCCUGUGCUGUGGGCCAGGUCGACGCGGCGCGGCUUUUAGUGGACAAAGGCGCGGAGGUCGAUCGGGCGGUGCAGGGCGCGACGCCGCUGAUGGUCGCCUGCCAGCAGGGCCACGUCGACGUGGUGCGGCUGUUGGUAGAUAAAGGCGCGGAGGUCGACCGGGCGGCGGAGGACGGUCGGACGCCACUGUUCGUCGCAAAAAGCAAGGGUCACUCGUCCAUCGUCGCGUUCCUCGGGGAGCACCAGAAGUGACUACGGGUACGUAUACGCCCAACUCGGUGACUCUUCCGACAUUAACUCCAUCUCGUCCCGGCGCGAAGCGUCUCCGUAAAUGCGGUUCAAUACAUGAAUAACACAGAAACCCACUA